UGAAUAAUAUGUAAAUGACUUAAUUAAGAUAAUGGGAGAAUGUCUUUUCUCCCUUGACAAUGUAUUGCUUACUAAAGAGAAAUAUGAAACUUUUGUAAAAGAAAAUGCGAUUGAAGUGGACCCAAUAGAAAAUCUUUUGAAAGAUAAAAUAAAUAAAAUUGAUGAAAUUUCGAAAAAGAAAAAACGCGUUGCGAGAAAAACAAAGUUGCGAGAAAAAGUAUGUAUAUAAAAUAUAAAUAUAUAAAUUUAAAA